GGGGCUGGAUGGAUGGAUGGAUGGAUGGAUGGAUGAAUGAGAUAGAGAGAAAUGCCCCAGAGCACAAGAUGGCGGGUUGGGUGCAGAUUGUGCGUUGGGUGCAGAUGGUCCUGUUCUUGGUGUGGUUUGUUUCUGCUGAGGACUCUGGGGAGUUCUCGGAGUUUUCCACCGAUAUGCCCAUCAACAACGUGGUUCAGGAUCCUGCAACAGGUCGCCUGUACCUGGGCGCCGUUAAUGCCAUUUACCAGCUUGAUGUUUCUCUCAAGCUGGAAGCUAGAGCUGUGACAGGGCCAAAGAAGGAUGCUCGUACCUGCACGCCGCCUGUCUCUACCUGCGUGACCACCGAACUGAAAGACACCAACAACAUUAACAAGCUCCUGUUGGUCCACCCCACGAACAGAUCUCUAAUAGUGUGUGGGAGCGUGUAUAGAGGCAUCUGCUCGCUUCUGAACCUCAACAAUGUAAACGAGCAGAUCUACUACAGCGACAGCAAAGGCGAAAGGACAUAUGCCGCCAGCAUUGACGAGAACGUCUCAGUUGUGGGCGUCAUGGCAACAUUCCAGUUAAAGGACGACCCGGAUAAAAAGCCAUUUGACGUCUUCCUGAUUGGUAAGGGCUACGGUGGCCAUGAGGACAACCCUAAACUCAUCACCACGCGCAUCCUGGAGAAUUAUAAGGAGUGGGUGGUGUUUGAAAGCAUCGUGGAGGCCUCUCCGGUGCAGGCCAUCCCCUACCCCCCCAUGUACCAGCACCAGUUCCGCUUUGCCUUUAAAGACACUGGAUUUGUUUAUUUCCUCUUCUCCCGCACCCUGGGCGGAGCGGACAACUUCACUUUUGUGUCGCGCCUGUGCGAGAAGGACGAGGGCUAUUACUCCUACACUGAGCUACAGCUCAGCUGCAGUAAAAAUGGAGUUCAGUAUAACAAAGUCCAGGCUGCAUACAUAACUGAGCCAGGAAAGGAGCUGGCUCGUGCCAUGCAGGAUUCUGGUCAGUAUGGCACUGUUACAGUCUGGGAUAAAGUGCUGUUUAUAGUGGCCAGUCGAGAUGGUGAGGAUGCUACAGACUCCGCUCUUUGCAUGUAUCCAUUAAAGCGCAUUAACGAGAGGGUGGAGGACAUCCUCAAUGCCUGUUAUACUGAAAAUGGGAAAAUUGGAGGACAACCAGCUGUGUAUAGUCCCUACAAAUCCAUCACAGACAAUCCUUGUGAGAAUCGUCAUAGUAAGGACAUAGUGGAACAGAACAGGUGUGGAGCAGAGUUUCUCCGAUACCCGCUGGCCAGCAGGCCACAAUUCGCCCUGCAGGCAGAGGCAAUCUUCACCAGAAAAGGUCAUGGUCAUCUGACCGCAGUGGCCAUCGCUGUGGAGAACGACCACACUAUAGCCUUUCUUGGGAACAGCCUGGGAGAGGUGGUAAAGGUUCAUUUGUCAGGCAAUCCGGAGGUGUGCAUCAGGGUUCCCGGGGACACCAUGGGCAGUCGCGUGAAUAAGAACCUUUUCUUUGACAAGACCCAGAGCCACCUGUACAUCACUACAGAGAAAAAGAUCACUAAGGUGCCAGUGCAGUUAUGCCAUCUGAAGACUGACUGCAUGUCCUGUAUGGCCCAGAAAGAUCCUUACUGUGGCUGGUGUGUCCUGGAGGGCAGAUGUACAAGGAGGUCCGAGUGCAGUCGAGCUGAAGAGAAGAAUGGUUGGCUGUGGAGCUCCAGGAAAGAAUGUGUUAAAAUAGUCUCCUUCCAUCCUCCUAACCUCAGCUGCAAGAAAUCCCAGCAGGUUGAGAUCAACAUCCCAUCCCUGCCCAGCAUCAGAGAUUUUGACAGGAUUCAGUGCAGAAUCGGCUCAUUCCAAAGUAAAGCCGUGAUGGUCGACUCCAUGGUGAAGUGCCACCUUCCUCCACCUCAUGAGCUGCCAGCUACACCACCACACCAAGAUUUCGUGGCAGUGCCGCUGAAGGUCUUUGUGAAUGAUAGUGUGGAGGUGGCCUCUCGCAACUAUGAGUUCUACAACUGUGCGGCAGCCAUCCGCAAAGCGGAAAAUACUCCAUGUACAGCGUGUGUGAGCAGACUGUGGGCGUGUCAAUGGAAUACUGCUGACCACACCUGCUCGGAUUUGAAUGAUGCUGAAAUGGGACCCAACAUCAUCAAACACAGACAGGCAAAGAACUGUCCCCGGUUUGAGAACCCAGACCCCACCCUUAUUCCAGUGGGAUAUAAGACUCGCAUCAGUUUUGAGGGAGUAAAUCUGGGGGCCUACAAGGACAGAGAGUUCACCAUCGGCACAGAGCUGAUGAAACAGUUUGAAGAUGAUGUGAAGGCUGAAGAGGGUCCGUUUUAUUCCUUCAGUGGAUACAUGUUUUCCUAUGAUAAGACUCAGGAGGCCAGCAUCUUAUUCCACAUUAAGGAGAAAAACACUGACAAGAAGAUUGACAGCACACUCAAUGUCACUCUGUAUAACUGCUCAUUGGGCCGGGAGGACUGCAGUCUGUGUAAGAACGCAGACCUGAAAUACCAGUGUGUGUGGUGUCCUCAGACCCGCUCUUGUGUGUUUGAAAAAGUGUGUCACACCCUCGAGCCGCAGGAGUGCCCGGACCCUGGCAUCUCAGCUAUUAUCCCCCGUUAUGGUCCUCUGAAGGGAGGAAUCUCUGUCACUAUUAAGGGCUCUAACCUGGGUAUUCAGAAGGAGGACAUUGAGAACAUCACUGUGGCAGGAGUUCCCUGCAUCCAGCAGGAGGAGAAAUACUCUGUUUCUACCAGUGUUGUGUGUGAGAUCGGCGCAGUGGGCAGUCCGCUUGAAGGAGCAGUGGAGGUGGAAGUCAAAGGUGGGAAGAAAGGCACAUCAUCUGUCUUCUUUACAUAUCGGGACCCCAAGCCUUUAGCAGUGAGCCCUAGUCGAGGUCCCAAAGCGGGAGGGACGGUCAUCACCAUCACCGGAAAUCAACUCCACACAGCCUCUAAGGAAGACAUUGUCAUCACUGUGGGUGCAGUGCCAUGCCAAGUUGAGGAGUUUGGAGAGCAGAUCACGUGUAAGGUGGGAAAGUAUCUGCAAGAGAAGGUGCCCUCUGACCUCCUCCCUGUUACUGUGCGCUAUGGGAAGCACACCAGCACUCAGGUCUCUGCAGCCUUCCAGUUCUCCAACAACCCCAUGAUUACUGAGUACCAGCCCAAAAACAGCUUCGAUUGUGGUGGGAGGAGGAUUAUGGUGAUGGGCUCAGGAUUUGGCCUCAUCCAGAAAGCCACUAUGAGAGUGAUGGUUAAAGCUGAUGAGGGGCCUGUGCAAGAGUUUGUUCAGGAGGCUGUGAGUAUGAACGACUCCAUGCUGCUGUUCCUCUCGCCGGCCGUGAAUAGAACGUCUGAGAGCCAGACGCUUACCUCCAUCCACCUGGACAACUACACAAAGGAGCUCGAGCUAUUCGAAUAUCACACAGAUCCCAUCUUCUAUAAGCUCUCCAAGGAUGUCAUCAUAGAGAACAGCGUGUUCAUUGUCACGGGCUGGGGUUUUUCCAAAGCCAUGACUGCUAAGGAGGCGCAGGCGUUUCUGGGCGACGUGUCCUGUAACGUGAACACGCUUCAGGACGAUAAGCUGUUCCUUGACCCGCCGACCACCACGCCUAGAUCACGCUCUAAGAGACAGCGGCGAGACGUCACGUCUGAGCUCCUCGACCUCCUGAUUAAGUUUGGUAAUGGAGAGUGGGUUGUUGGUUCUGUACGCUAUGAGAGGAAGUACGAGGUGAAGCUGGAUAAAAUUAUUAUCCCUGCAGUUGUCGUCCCCAUGCUGCUGAUCAUAGCCAUCUCUAUAGUCUGCUACAGGAGGAAGAGCCAGCAGGCGGAGCGGGAGUAUGAGAAGGUCAAGCACCAGCUAGAGAAUCUGGAGGAGAGCGUGCGUGACCGCUGCAAGAAGGAGUUCACAGAUCUGAUGAUCGAGAUGGAGGAUCAUACGAAUGACCUGAGUGAAGGACGUAUCCCCUUCCUGGACUAUAAGACCUACACAGACCGCGUCUUCUUCCUGCCCUCGAAAGAUGGAGCCAAUGACGUGAUGAUCACCGGAAAGCUGGAUAUCCCAGAAGCCCGCAAGGCAACAGUGGCUCAGGCCCUCAACCAGUUCUCCAACCUUCUCAACAGCAAGACCUUCCUCAUCACUUUUAUCCGGACUCUGGAGGCUCGUCCAGACUUCAAUGCAAGAGCUAAGGUGUAUUUUGCGUCUCUGCUGACUGUGGCUCUACAUGGAAAGCUGGAGUACUACACAGAUAUCAUGAGGACACUGCUGCUCGGGCUUAUGGAAGAAUACGUGCAGAGUAAAAACCCCAAACUCAUGCUGCGCAGGUCAGAGACAGUGGUUGAGAGGAUGCUGUGUAACUGGAUGUCCAUCUGCCUCUAUCAGUUCCUAAAGGACUCUGCAGGGGAACCACUGUAUAAACUCUUUAGAGCCAUAAAGCAUCAGAUAGAGAAAGGCCCAGUGGACUCUCAAGUGAAGAAGGCCAAGUACACACUGAAUGACACGGGCCUGCUUGGUGACGAUGUGGAGUACUCCAUGCUGACCCUGCAGGUGUUGGUCCAGGGAGAAGGUCCUGAUAUUACUCCAGUGAAAGUGCUGGAUUGUGACACCAUCUCUCAGGUGAAAGAGAAGAUCAUUGAGCAGGUGUACAAAAACCUGCCGUACUCCCAGAGGCCAAAAGUAGAGAGUGUCACACUCGAAUGGCGCCCUGGCUCUACAGGCCAGAUUCUGUCUGAUUUGGAUGUGACCUCCCAGAAAGAAGGCAGAUGGAGACGCCUUAACACACUAGCUCACUACAAUGUUCGAGACAACGCCACGCUGGUUCUUUCCAGGGUUUUGCACACACAGCAGUCAUAUGACCAAAACCACGACAACCAUGAGGAGAGAAAUGCCUUGCUGGAGGAUGAUAAAGUGUUCCAUCUGGUCAGGCCAGCAGAUGAGCUGGACGAGAUGAAGUCGAAGAGAGGCAGCAUUAAGGAUAAGUCCAUGACCAAAGCCAUCACGGAGAUCUAUCUCACUCGCCUGCUCUCGGUCAAGGGCACGCUGCAGCAGUUUGUGGACGACUUUUUCCGCAGUGUUCUCUGCUCAGGAACCGUGGUGCCGCCUGCUGUUAAAUACUUUUUUGACUUUCUGGAUGAGCAGGCCUUAAAACACGAGAACGUGGAUGAGGAGACCAUCCACAUCUGGAAGACCAACAGUCUCCCUUUAAGGUUCUGGGUGAACAUUCUGAAGAACCCUCAUUUCAUCUUUGAUGUGCAUGUGACAGAAGUGGUUGAUGCCUCGUUAUCGGUCAUUGCUCAGACCUUCAUGGAUGCCUGCACUAAAUCUGAGCACAAACUCAGCAGGGACUCACCCAGCAACAAGCUUCUCUAUGCAAAAGAGAUCUCCACAUACAAGAAGAUGGUCGAUGAAUACUACAAAGGAAUUCGACAGAUGGUGCCAAUCAGUGACCAAGACAUGAACACUCACUUAGCUGAGGUGUCUCGGGCUCAUACAGACAAACUGAACACACAAGUGGCUCUCCAUCAGCUGUACCGGUAUGCGAGCAAAUACUACAAAGAGAUUGUCCUGUCUCUGGAUGAGGACCCUGCAGCACAGAGUAAGCAGCUGACACUGCGACUCCAGCAGAUCGCUGCUGCACUCGAGAACAAAGUGACAGAUCUGUAACCCUGCCGUACGGAGAUAGAGAGAGAAACAGACAGAGAGAGAGAGAGAGAGAGAGAGAGAGAGAGAAAGAGAGAGGCUGGAAUGGAAUCAAACCGCCAGAGGUCAUGUCGGGCUCAAGUCUCUGGGGUAUGAAAAGAGGAUACAAGAAAGAAAAAAAAGAACAAUUUAAUGAAUGAAGCCCUCAGAGUGUAAUUAGCAUUAUAACUAUAAUCAGAUGUUCAAUUUCUUCCUGUGUAGAGAGAAAAAGUUUUAAGAAUUGUAUUAUAUAUUUUUUUUAUUGUGCAGUCUUUAUGCGGAAAGCUUUAUAAGGAGAAAAUAACUUUUUAAAUGGACAGCCUUGUGUUAAUUGUGUUUAUAAAGCCUCUGUGUAUAUGUGGGGGGGUUCUGUGGGAGUGGGUGUGUGUAUGUGGGUGGGUGGUUGAGUGUGAAUUGACUGCUAAUUGCUCACACACAGGAUGCCUAAAUUCUGACCCAAAGGGAGUUGCCCACUCAUCUGUAUGACCCUGUUUUGUGUGCGUGCAUGCGUGUGAGCGCAUUUGGUUUUACGUAAGCUCACUUUGGGGUCAUAACUUACGUGUUGUCCAACCAAACAUCAUCUGAUGGACCCUGACUGGCAGGAAGGAGAGGUGUUUUCCAGCAGGUGGUGAUUAUAUUUUUCUGUUGAUUCUCUGAGCGGACCUGCUGGUCUGAUGGGGUCAGCUUCCAUCAGAAGAAACACUGGAAAAGCCAAUAAUAUGAUUAAUAGCACAUUUCUUUUACAUGCUCUUAACUCACCAUAACAACAUGGACCAACCUGAGCACAAAGAGAUUCUGUUUAGGCAAUAGCAUUUCAACAAAAAAAAAA